CAGUAGCCUACAGACUGGGACUUGACAAACAAACAGUGGAGCUCCUAUGUCUCCAGUCGAGAUUUCAUUAGGAGAAGAUAAAGCUAAUAUUCAAAGGUGGCGAAUUGUUUAGGAUUAUAACCAGGAAGUGCUUGCUGUUUUCUAUCAACGCACUUUAAGACCUGCCCGCUUGCAUGGAGGACAACAGGAUUGGAUUUAAGGACUGGCGAGACAUUGUGUGGAAGGGGAGACAAUAAAGUGGAGCUUAUUUUAGCGCCCCUCCGGGUUCCGGACGUCCUCCGCAGCUGUUAGAUGCGUCUGUACCCUGAUCUGUGACAAUGACUAUGAAAGGCUUGUCGAGUAGCCGGAGACACCAUCACACAGUGACCUGUGACCCCUCCUAUGACUCCAUGACCCUGGGGCGCCAAGCCCGGCCCUACCUGCUGAACCCAGGCGAUGCCCACCCGGCCGACCACCCGUACUAUGCCCAGCGAAGCUCCUUCCAGUCUGAGUGCGGGCCCUACCCUGACCUGGCUAGCAGCACCUUCCCCCGAAGACAAUACAGCUCCCACCACGAACUGAAGGAUGAGUGUGCUGUGGUGCCUUACACCGGAGGCCAAGGGGGAAGCAUUAAGGGGGGCGGUGGUGGAGGAGGAGGAAGCAACAACCGAAUUCCACCGAAUCUUCUGGAGCAGUUUGAGCGGCAGGCGCCGGUGCGGCACGAUGGCUACCACACGCUGCAGUACAAGCGCACAGCGGUGGAGCACCAGCGCAGCGACAGCCCCGGAAGGAUCCGCCAUCUUGUCCACUCGGUCCAGAAACUCUUCACCAAGUCCCACUCCCUGGAGGGCCCAUCGGGGGGCAGGGUGAACGGGGGCAAGGCCAGCCCCGACGACCCGCCCUCCAAUUCAGGCACCCUGAAGCACAGCAGCAAGCGCAGCAAGAGCAAAGACCGCAGUAGGUCGGAGCCCAAGAUGCGCUCGGCCAUCUCAGGCUACUGGAGCUCGGACGACACCCUGGACCGUGAGAUGUGCCUGUACCAUCACCACAGCCCCAGCCCGGGAGGCAUGCCCUCUGGGGUGAUGACCAUGGGCCGCCACCCAGAGAAGUCACAGUCACAGUACUUCAUGGAGCAGUACAACACCAUCAGCGCCCACUCACUGAAAACAUCGCGGAGCAACAAUGACGUCAAGUGUUCUACGUGCGCCGGGUUGCCAGGACUGGGCACGGGCAUGGACGGAACUGGCCAGCUGCUGAAGAAGAGCUCUUGGUCAUCCACACUGACGGUCAGCAGGGCAAGAGAGGUCUACCAGAAGGCAUCGGUCAACCUGGACAAAGCCCUUGUCAAGGCUGAGACCUGCCAGCAGGGGGGCCGCCCAACCUUUCAAUUCCUCCAGGUGCCCCAGGACGAGUGGAGUGGGGGAUUCUCGCCCCUGGGGAAGGAUGAGGAGAUCCCAUGUCGGCGGAUGCGCAGUGGCAGCUACAUCAAGGCCAUGGCAGAAGAAGACAGCGGUGACUCAGACUGCAGCCCCAAGCCCUCGCCAAAGGUGCAGGCACGCCGGGCCAGCUACCUGAAGGCCACACAGCCAUCGCUCACCGAGAUGACCACCCUCAAGAUCUCCACUGACUCGCAUUCUCCCAAGUUGCAGAUCCGGAGCCACAGCUACCUGCGGGCGGUGAGUGAGGUUUCCAUCAAUAGAAGCCUGGACAGCUUGGACCCGGCAGGGCUCCUGGCCUCGCCCAAAUUCCGCUCGCGAAAUGAGAGCUACAUGAGAGCCAUGAGCACCAUCAGCCAGGUGAGCGAGUUGGAGGUAAACGGGCAGAUCGAAGCAGUGUGCGAGUCCGUCUUCAGUGAGAUGGAGUCCCAGGCGGUGGAUGCCCUGGACCUCCCCAUGUCGGGCUGCUUCCGUAUGCGAAGCCACAGUUACGUCCGUGCAAUCGAGAAGGGUUCUUGCUCCCAAGAUGAGGAGGGCAUGGUGGGGGGCAACAUGAGGGCUAUCCCACCCCCCCGGACGACCACCACCGUUAGGACCAUCCAGAGCAGCACAGGUCAAUGA